AUGCGUCUGAAUCAGGAGGAAUCAGACGGGUACAAGAACGAUUCGGAAUCAGAUUCCUCAAGCAAGCAGACAGACUCACAGGGACCACGAGUGUCUUCUGAAGCUCCAGGUGGGAUCAGUUCUGGAGAAGUCGUCUGUGAUGCUCUCGAGAACAAGGAUGCUGAAAGAGAAACCACCGACGGAGGACAUCAAGAGGAGAAGACGACCAACACGAACCCGGACAGCUUUGAGAGCGGACACACUGUCGGAGAGCUGCUGGGAAAGGGAGGCUGCGGUUCCGUCUACGAAGGCGACUGUAAAGCGGAUGGGAACCAGCAGGUAGAGGUACCAUGCGCUGUACCCGAGACAGACGACACCACAGAGGGAACGUCACGUGUGGUUGAGGACGUCUCUGAGCUGCACAAGUGCUAUGAGGUUUACAAAACCAUUGGAUCAGGUGGUUAUGCGACGGUCAAGCUCGGCAGGCACAUUCAGACUCAAGAGCCAGUGGCCAUAAAGAUCCUGGAGAAGAAAGAGCUCGGGGAUGAGUUGUCCGAUUUGAGGAUAGAGAUUAAAGCCCUGAAGAACCUCAAUCAUCAGCACGUGUGCCGCUUGUACCAAGUCAUGGAGACUGCUGACCAGAUCUACCUGGUGCUUGAGUUUUGUCCGGGUGGAGAUCUGUUCGACCACAUCGAUAAUAACGACAGGUUGUCGGAGGAGGAGACGCGCAGGAUCUUCCGUCAGAUCGUCUCGGCGCUGGCCUACGUCCACAGCCAGGGAUACGCCCACCGUGACCUUAAGCCAGAAAACAUGAUGCUGGAUGAGAAGAACAACAUCAAGCUCAUCGACUUUGGUCUCUGUGCCAAACCAGAGGGUGGAUUGGGUACUGCUCUGAUUGAGGGCUGUGGAACCCCUCCCUACUUGGCACCAGAAAUCAUUGAUGCGCAACCCUAUCUUGGUGCAGAGGCAGAUGUUUGGAGCUUGGGUGUUGUCCUAUAUGACAUGCUGUGUGGCUACCUCCCGUUCGAUGGUGACAACUUUGUGGAGCUCCAUGAACAAAUCACUAAAGGACAUUUUGACACUCCUGACUGGCUAUCUCCUGGUUCUGUACUGCUGAUUAAGGAAAUGCUGCAGGUGGUUCCAGAGCGGCGCAUAAAGGUGGAGCAUCUGCUGGAUCAUGAGUGGGUAAUGAAGGGGUACAGCAGCCCUGUGGAAUGGCACAGCACAUGUCCGCUGGAUCAUCUAGAUGAAGAAAGCAUCACUGAGAUGGCUGUGAUGUUCAGACAGUCCAACCAAAGCAUGAAGCAGCUGGUGUCUGAGGAGACACCGUCGGUGUGACAAGGAGGGACGAUGGUGGCACCAUCCAAUCAGGAAACGUUACAUCUCAAUUCCACAUUUCAAUGAUUGUUGCAGAUGUUUCUCUCUAACCCAUCCUCUCUCUCUUUUUUUACCAGAACGAUGCAUUUUGGGUAUCUGUGUGUGACUGGUUAGAUGAACUCCACUGAGGUGCCGCCCUUGUUGAUUCACACAGCUGUAUGAGAAGUGUAGAACAUGGAUGACCAGGAUCAACAAGCAUCAAAAUCUUAUUACAUUAAAUAAUAAAUAAAUAAACU